AUGGAAUUGGAAAAUAGCAGGUUUGGGGAGUUUGCCAGGAUUACACAAAUGAUGGAUAAUGGUAAAAGAAAGGGUUUGAUUAUUCCCAAAGGCUCCCAAGGCAUUGGAUGGAAAGGGUUUAGAGGAUUAACGGAGGAUGCUCUUUCAGCUCGAAUGAUAGGGCUUUCUCACACAGGCAAAGGGGGGUCUCUCCAUAGACGAAACAAAGGCUCUCCUCAAAGUCGAAAACUGAUGGUUAAGGUCACUGAAGCUAAUCGUCGAGCAAAGGGGGGAUUGGAGCUUCCGAUAGGAUCUCCUUAG